AAUCGAGUGGAACAGUCUAGCGAUCCCAUCAAACACCGCGCAACACUUUCUAGCUCGGCGAAAAAAAUACACACUAAAUUUUGGCAUUUCUGGACGUUAUUUCCUCCUUUCAGGAUUGUUUACCGACGGGAAACGAUGCCCCUAGGCGUGCGGCCGUGCUGUUCGACAUGUAAGACCACGGACUCGCCGAUGUGGCGGCGAAACGAGUUCGGAGACGUGCUCUGUAACUCGUGCUCCUUGAAACAGCUUCAGCUUAGUGUAGCGCCACCCGCGCAAGAAAACGGCGAUUCCAACAACACGACGCAACCUCUACAGCACCAGAACGGGAACAAGGCGGAGAAGAUACAGCUCAGGAAGUCCAUGCGUGUCCGCUCGGCUAAGACUAAGGCGCUACAGCAGACCGGGAAGGGUACGGUGACCAAGGGCAAGAGCAGGAGGAUCAUCUUCAAGAAAAACCCACUGAAGGCCCCAGCAGCAGUGUCCACUAUAGUCACCAGCGAAUGCUUCUUCUAUAAGGGUAUCUACUACCAGAUGGGAGAUAUAGUGUCUCUGAUGGACCAUGACGGAGGUAUCUACUAUGCACAGAUUAAGGGUUUCAUGCAGGACCAGUACUGUGAGAAGAGUGUGGUCAUCACGUGGUUGUUACCAACCCAGGCCAGCCCCAGGGACCACUUUGACCCGGCCACGUACAUCCUCGGUCCAGAGGAAGAGCUUCCUCGUCUGAUGGACUGUGUAGAGUUUGUCUGCCACGCCCCGUCCGAGUACUUUAAGACGAAGAAGUCCCCCCACCCCACCAUCCCCUCCCGCCCCGAGACAAACUACGUCUCUGCCUGUGUGGCGCCCAAACAGCCUCCCAGCACAGCGGAAAUAUUCGGGGGAGAGUCAUGACACAACAGGCUGUCUUUUGUUGUACAUAUGAAUAACUCAUGAAGUUCUGUAUAAAUACAUUAAAGAGGAUUCUUGUAAAGUUC